GGAAUCACUAAAGAAAAACAUGUCCUGAUGCGUGGUUUACUCGCUUGCCUUCUCUAAAUCUACGAACUUUCAAAGCCCACCACAUAAGGAGAUUUGCCGGAUUUGUACACUGAUUCGCAUCUCCCGCUAAAUUCACUCAGGUUUGGUUUGGCUUUGUGCAUACUUCUGAAGAAUGGAUUUCACGAAGAUGAACCGCGGGGAACUUACUAUUGCUGGAGCUGGGAUCUGUACAUUGUUUACAAUGCAUUUGACAAUACAAACUUUGUCUCAGCACCUCUUUUACUGGAAGAACCCAAAGGAACAGAAAGCGAUUAUAAUAAUUAUACUUAUGGCUCCAAUUUAUGCUGUUGACUCAUUUCUGGGGUUGUUGGAUAUUAGGGGAAGCAAAGAAUUUUUCAUGUUUCUUGACUCAAUUAAGGAAUGCUACGAGGCUCUGGCAAUUGCUAAGUUUUUGGCGUUACUGUAUAGCUAUUUAAACAUAUCCAUCAGCAAAAACAUAGUGCCCGAUGGAAUCAAAGGAAGAGAGAUUCAUCAUUCGUUCCCAAUGACUUUAUUUCAGCCUCGCACUACUCGUUUGGACCACCAUACACUAAAGCUUCUCAAAUACUGGACAUGGCAAUUUGUUAUUGUCCGUCCCAUAAGCUCCAUUUUGAUGAUAACGUUACAGAUUCUUGGAUUCUACCCUAGCUGGCUCAGUUGGACGUUUACCAUAAUUCUCAACAUUUCAUUUUAUGUUGCAAUGUAUUCCUUGCUCGCUUUCUAUCAUGUCUUCUCAAAGGAAUUGCAACCACACAAACCGCUUUCCAAGUUCCUCUGCAUCAAGGGGAUCGUCUUCUUCUCCUUUUGGCAGGGGAUCUUGCUCGACAUUCUGGUUGCAAUGGGCAUCAUUAAGUCUCAGCAUUUCUGGUUGGACGUAGAGCACAUUCAGGAAGCCAUUCAAAAUGUCUUAAUCUGUGUUGAGAUGGUUUUCUUCGCUCUUAUGCAGCAAUACGCAUUCCAUGUUGCUCCCUACAGUGGAGACAUGGAAGCAAAACUGAGACUUAAGAAGAGUGAAUAAUUUGCUCUGUGCACUAGAUUGCUGACUGGUAUUGAUGUACUCGAGUUUGGAGAAAAGUCCGGUGUUAUGCAGCAAUAUGCAUUUUGUUAGUGUAUUCUUGCUGUAAAUGCUCUAUGAUUUCAUAUAUUUUCAAGCUUUGUAAAAAAAGGUAGUGUUAAGAGUCCACAUUGAAAAAUAUUAGAGAAACAUAUGGGUUUAUCAGGCUGUGUUAAACUAUGAUUGAAUUCAGUUUAACCCAAUCUUAGAUUA